AUGGGGGAAUCUUCUGCGUGCCUCAAGCGCUCAUUUUCUCAUCAUCCUUCUUCAUCGUCCAGUGAUGAGAAAAAGGGGAAUCCUCUACAACGAGCCCUUACUACAUCUGUAUCUUUUGGGAGGUUCAUGUCUGAAUCCUUGGAUUGGGAAAAGUGGUCAGCUUUUACUCACAAUCGGUACAUGGAAGAAAUCGAGAAGUAUUCCAAGCCUGGUUCGGUUGCCGAGAAGAAGGCUUAUUUCGAAGCGCAUUUCAAGAGAAGGCGAGCAGCAGCAAUGCUUGAACAGCAAAUUGCAUCAGAUAAUGAUAUUUCGGAAAUAAAUGCUGACGGGAAGGAUAAAGAUAGUUUACCCUCAGGCAUCGAGAAUACAAAACACAAAGAGGUACCCAAUGACGGCCCUGUUUUCUCUUUCGGUCAAAACGGGACAUCAGAAGAGGCCCAGCCUGAAGGAGGAAAUGAGAACGUUACCCAACCACCUUUUCCCAGCAAAAUACACGUGGAGUUAACAAAGCAGCCCGAAAAUGCUGAAUGCAAUGGUGAUAUGGAAGAUAAUAAUGUGUGUGAAAAGGAUGAUGACUGUAGUGAGAGGACCUCGGCAUUGUUGAGCAUGGAGGAAUCACAAGUCUUUUCCUCUAACCUAUCGACAAACAAUGGUGCUCUUUCCGUUAAACAGAUGAUGCCUUUGCGUGUGAAGACCCUAUACAGCAAGAAGAAAGCAAUGGAGCCAAACAACAAAGGUAAAUCAUCCCUUCACAUGUCUAUCAACUUCGUCUCAUGUUCCCAGAAAGCAACAUCUCCAGCUCCUCCAAAGCUUGCUGCAAAUCCAAGACUUAUAAAGGCCCCGACUAAGAAAUACAAAAGCAGCACGGAUGUCCCUGAAGCUUCGACUAGGACAUCUGUCAGUGGUAUAUUCAAGCAUCUUUCAGCAGCACCUCCAGUAAAAAACAGAAGGACUGUAACAGAUCAGGGUGAUUUGACUACAUUAAGGAGAACAGUGGAUUUUAAAGCGCAGGCUUCAUCUUCAAAAAUCUCCAAGUCUACAAACAUGUCUGAAGGGAAAGCACGAUUGCCAACCGCGUCUUCUCCUUUCAAAUUUAAGAGUGAAGAAAGAGCAGCAAAACGAAGAGAGUUUUUCCAGAAGCUUGAAGAGAAGCUGACGUUAAAGGAGACAGGGAAACACAAACAGGCAAAAUCCCAGGUUAAUGCAAUAAGUAAGUUUAAGGAUCUUCAGAGCUCAAUUGCGUCAAAAGCAACAGAAAACGCUGAACCUCCUCCAAGAACAAAAUUACCACCAAGUUAUUUAAAGAAAAAG